AUGAAUCCGGCCAAUCAGCGCGGCUGGUCUGACCUCGUCGCGAAAGACCUGAUGGACAAAUACCACAUGUUCCUUGCCAACCUUCACGUGACCGUAGGCCUGAUGAAAGGGCACACGUGGCUGCCUCUGCCGCCGCGGGACUCGCUGCCGUCCACCAGUGCCCCCGCAGUUGCGGGCGGUCUUGGGCACAAGGACCGGGUGCAUGUGCUCGAGGGCGCGGUGAUCACCUGGACCAAGCAGAUCCGCCACGUGCUGAAGCAGGAUCCGGAGCUGCUCCUGCGGGAGGGCAAGCACCUCGAGCCGAACACGGAGUUGCAGUUCUGGAAAAGCAAGGCCUCCAACCUGAAUUCCAUCCACUCGCAGCUUGGCAUGGACGCGCUGAAGAAGGUGCUCAAGUUUUUAGAGACCCACAAGAGCACAUACAUAAUGCCAUUCAUGCGUCUCCAAAAGGAGGUGGAGGAGGCCCGGGAAGAGGCGAACGACAAUGUUCGCUUCCUGGCGACGCUGACGAAAGGCAUAGACGGUCUCAUGUCAGAGUCCGCAGAUUUCGAACAGUUGGACAAGCAGUUCGAGGGCGUUCUGCACAACAUCCUCCUCAUCUGGCGCUACUCGAAGUUCUACAACACACCCACCAGGCUCGCUGUACUGAUCCGGGAGAUCUGCAAUACGGUGAUCAAUCAGGCCAGACGGUACAUCAGUGGGGAGGAGGUGUUCGCCAAGAUCGCUGCGGAGGAGACAGCGGAGUGUUACGAGAAGCUGGACAAGACGCUCGAGGUCUGCACUGGCUUCAAGGACAGAUACGUUCUGUACCGCGACAUUGCGGCGGCACAGGAGACCGAGGGAUGGAAGAUGAAGAACGACGCCCUCUUCGUGCGAUUGGACGCCUUCAGGGAAAGGUGCCGUGAUAUUCUGGAGUUCACCCGCACGGUCAUGCAGUUCUCGAAGCUAGAGCGAGUGGAAAUAGGAGGCACGAAGGGUAAGACCUUGACCGACUGCAUCGUCGCCAUCAAGGAGGAGUUCGACGUAGUGGUCGAGGAGUUCAAGUCUGUCAGCUACGACAUCAUGGACGUGGGCGAGCAGCGCUUCGACGAGGACUUCUUCAAGUUCCGCACGUCAGUGCGCGAGCUGGACCGGCGGCUCGGCAGCCUGCUUGGAUCCGCGUUCGCCGACCUGGACACGGUCACGCUGCGCGUGAAGCUCUUCGACAAUUUCGAGGGCCUGCUCGAGCGGCAGAUCAUCCAGCAGGAGCUGGAGAAGAGGCACCGCGCGCUGCUGCUUCAGUACAGGGCUGACCUCUCGGAGGUGGAGUCGGCAUUCAUCCGGGACAGGCCCGGCGUGGACUAUUUCGCGCACGGCUCCCCCACCUUCCUGAACGUCCCACCCACUGCCGGGGCAAUCUACUGGGCUCGCAGCUCCCGCAGCCGCAUAUGUGAUCCUCACCCGAAGCUGGUGCUGUACAACCAGGUCGUCCGAGAGACUCCAGAAGAGUUCUGGGAGAUUGACAAGCACUAUGCCAGUUUGGUCAAGAUGCUAGAGGACUACGAGAAUGAGCGCUACACCGGCUGGAAGGAGGCGUGUGUCGAGCCUACGAAGGAGAAGUUGAAGAUGCGUCUGUUGCGCAGGGUAGAGAAAACAGGGUUGCUUAAGGUCAAUUUCGACCCUAUGAUGGUGAGCAUGCUUCGUGAGAUCCGGUUCUUCCUCAUAUUUGAUAUCCCAGUUCCCGAGGAGGCCAUCAAGAUUUACGAGCGGGCAUCGGUCUACCGACAGUGGGUGGCACAGUUGGACAAUAUUGUACGCUUGUACAAUGCAGUGCUCACCGAGUUGCUCCCCGUCGAGGAGCCCUUGCUUGAGGAUCGCAUCGUCAAGAUGGACGCUGCCCUUUCCCCUGGCCUGACAGAACUGAAGUGGCGGAGCGAAGACAAAAUUCCGGAGUUCAUCGAGAGCGCCAUGAAGGUCGUCAGCGACGUCUCCAGCGUCGUGGCCGUCAUGAAGGGCAAUCUCCGAUGCAUCUCCAACGUUUUAUCCUCGUGGUGCAGGGAGCCGAUCAUAGAACGUAAGAAGGGUGCCAAGCCGGUGCCCAUGGAGGAGUUCGAGGCCAAGCACAAGGAGCGCGUGGGCGCGAGGAUGAUGGCGAUGAACGAAGGUGGCAAGGAGAUCCACAAGUUUCUCAAGGACACGAGCGACGCGCUCAAGGUCUCAAAGGUGUCCGCGAUCUGGAAGUCGUACGUGGAGUUUGUGAACAACAUGGUAAUAGAAGGCUUCGUAUCAUCCAUCGGGGUAUCCCUGCAGUUUCUCUGCGAAAUGCUUGACCCUCUGCACAUGCAGCGGAACGAGAUGUUGCCGCUCUUCGACGUGAAGGUGGAACUCAGGAACAGGGAGAUCACAUUCGAUCCGCCGUUCCAGAGCGUCGAUCGUUCCGCUCCUUCACUGCGGAAGACGAUCGACUGUUGGAUCCGUGAUUUCUUAGGCACGGUCGUUUGCAUGUUCCGCCUCGACGUUGGCGUCGGCGACUACCUGAACGAAAUUCGGGAGCAUUUCCAGGUGCAGACGCUGUUGGCUCUGGUCUCGGAGCUUAUCGACAGCACGGAGCUUAGGUGUUUGGAGUACAGGGAGACAUUCAUGCAGCACAAAUUUCUGUGGGAAGAGUCGAUGGACAAAACGUUCGAGCACUUUCUGUCGCAGGAUGCGCACGACCUCGUGGAGGGCUUCAUGGAGGAGGGCAUGGACUUCCGGACCAUCAUGAACCGCAUCAAGGUGGACAUCGGCCGGCCGAUUCCGAGAACGGUGGCGUUCGACAAGAAGAUCGAGUUCUUCGUGGGCAUGAAGCACGACCUCUCAAACCUCGUGACCCCCGUGGACAUCCACUGGCUGCGCAUCAAUGCGCAGCCGGUGAAGGUCGCCAUGGUGGCACGCGCCAAGGAGUGGGAGCAGAAGUACGUGGACUACAUCCGCACAUUCACGGAGGAGCGCAUCCGCGCGCUGGUGGACUACGUCGAGAAGCUGCGGGUGGGGCUCGGUCCCCCCUCCCCGGUGGACGAGCCGGAGAACGAGCGGCUGCUCUACGCGGUGAUGACGCACAUCCGCGACGUGAAGCUGUCUACGGCCGCCAUCCCGAAGCUCUUCGCGCCCAUCCGGACACUCUGCCAGCUCCUGAAGAAGCACCAGGUCGUGCACGAUGGUCUGCCUGAGCUGGAGCACGCGCCAUCGAAGUGGGACGAAGUUAUCCGCCUUGCUUUUGACGAGAAGGAGAAGAUCCUACCGCUGCGCAACGAGGAGAGCAUCAAGAUCAGAAAUAAGAUCGAUGCUUUCGGGGAGCAGGUGGCUGAGUUCCGCAAGGAGUUCCAGGUACAAUGCCCUUUUGACGAAGUGAACGCUGUAAGCGGCGAGUAUGACCUCAGCUACCAAACCAUCAACGAGUACUACCGCAAAACGCUGCAAAUACGGGAGCAGGCGGAGGACUACAAUGAUCUUGAGCUGCUUUUCGAUAUGGCCAUGUCCAACUACCGAGACCUGAAAGAGUGCAUCGACGAGCUGGUGCUGCUCAAGGGGCUCUGGGACGGCGUCGUGCUGGUGCAGACCACGUUCCUCAGCUGGGACUGCAUCCUGUGGGACAAGAUCGACACCGGGGCGCUCGUGCAGCAGGUGCGGGACCUGCAGAACCAGGUCAAGGUCAUGCCCAAGGGCGUGCGCGGCUGGAAGCUCUACCGGUGGCUGACGGCGGAGGUCAAGAACAUGGCCACCGUGCUGCCCCUGGUGGACGAGCUGCACGGCGAGACCAUGCGGGAGAGGCACUGGACCAGCCUGAUGACGGUGACGAAGACCACGUUCGAGAAGGGGCCGGAGUUCAAUUUCAAGAACCUGCUGGACCUCAGCCUUCACAAGUUCGCCGACGAGGUAUCCGAGAUAGUGGACCAGUCGAUGAAGGAGGCAAAGAUCGAGAAGAAGCUCAACAUCAUCCGCAACGUGUGGUCCAAGAUGACGGUCACGUUCGACCUGAGUAAUCCAGAGUGCCCGCUGCUCGGCGACUUGAGCGAGGUGCUCGAGAGGUUGGACGGUGACUCCCUUGAGAUGAUGGGCAUGACCUCGCAGGGGCGGUUCAUAGAGUUCUGCAAGUCGGUCGUUGACGAGUGGAGCGGGAAGUUGAGGAACGUAGACGCAACGCUGUCCGUCUGGCAGAAGGUGCAGUCCAAUUGGUGCCGCCUAGAGCCUAUUUUCAUGCAGAGCGCCGACAUCCGGUCGCAGCUGCCGGAAGACGCCAAGCGCUUUGAGUCGAUGGACAACGGAUGGCGGGACCUCAUGUUGGACGCCUCUUCGCAGACCUCCUUUAUCGUCGAACUUUGCUGCGUCGAGGGUCGCGAGGAUGCCUUGCAACGCAUCAGCGAGGGCAUAGACGAUUGCGAGAAAGCCCUGAACGAGUACCUGGAGCAGAAAAAGAAGAUAUUCCCUCGCUUCUACUUCUGCUCGAACCAAGCCUUGUUGGACAUUCUGUCCAAUGGAAACAAGCCGCUCAAGGUGGCGGAGUAUCUUGGCGAUAUUUUCGACGGCGUCAAAACAUUAGAUUUCUCCAAGGAUCCAGACACUGGCCGAGUGGGCGCUGGUAUCAUAUCAAAGGAUGGCGAGCAGGUGCCAUUCGUAGAAGACGUCGUUCUGGAAGGUGCCGUUGAAAACUACCUCGUCAAGCUGGAGGAGCACCUGCGCGUCCAGCUGCGGGAGGUCCUGGAGACCGCGCGCGUCACCGCAGACAACUGGGAGCACGAGAAGUCCAGGGAGUUCUGGCUGGAGGACUAUUGCGCCCAGCUCGCCCUCGUGGCCACGCAGAUCGUGUGGACGGAAGAAACCGUGCGCGCGUUCGAGGAGAUGGAGGGCGGCAGCGAGACCGCCAUGAAGGAGUACAAAAAGAUCUGCGACGAGCGGAUCGAAAAGCUGAUCAAGCGCGUGCAGACGCCACUUUCCAGGGAGACUCGCACAAAGAUCAUCACCGUAAUCACCAUCGACGUGCAUUCCAGAGACAUCAUCGAGGCCUUCGUAGUGCAUAAGAUCACGGACCCCACAGAUUUCAAGUGGCUGUCCCAGUUGCGCUUCUACUGGGGCCACAUGACUGGCGACUCGCAGGGCCUCGUCUCGUACACCUCCGACGAGAAGAAGACGUGCAUCAUCCGUAUCUGCGAUUGGGUGACCAUCUAUUGCUACGAGUAUGUCGGCAACUGCGGCCGCCUCGUCAUCACCCCACUGACGGACCGCUGCUACAUCACACUGACGCAGGCGCUCAACCUCACCCUCGGGGGUGCCCCAGCUGGCCCAGCCGGUACGGGCAAGACAGAGACGACAAAGGACCUCUGCCGCGCCAUAGGUCUCCAGAUCGUCGUCUUCAACUGCAGCGACCAGAUGACCUACCAGACCAUGGGUCAGAUCUUCAUGGGCAUCGCGCAGACCGGUUGUUGGGGUUGUUUCGAUGAGUUUAACCGCAUCGCGAUCGAGGUGCUUUCUGUGAUAUCCACGCAGUACAAAACCAUCCUGGAUGCCAUCCGGCAGGAUGUGUCAAUGUUCAUGUUCAUGGAUGAGGAGAUCAGGCUCAUCAAGACCUGCGGUGCUUUCAUUACAAUGAACCCUGGCUACGCGGGGCGGACAGAGCUGCCAGAGAAUUUGAAAGCCCUCUUCCGGUCCAUGGCCAUGAUCGUGCCAGACUUGGCCUUCAUCUGCGAGAACAUGCUGAUGUCCGAGGGUUUCAUCAAGGCCCGCCCGUUGGCGAACAAAUUCGUGCAGCUGUACGCGCUCUGCAAGGAGCUGCUGUCGAAGCAGAUGCACUACGAUUGGGGCCUGCGUGCUGUGAAGUCACUGUUGCGGCAGGCUGGGGCGCUGAAGCGGAAGGAGCCAGAGUCGGACGAGAAUCCAGUGUUGUGCCGUGCGCUGCGCGAUUUCAACACCCCGAAGAUCACCACGCUUGACAUGCCCAUCUUCCUGCGCCUGAUCCAGGACUUGUUCCCCGGCAUCUGGCCUAAGCAGUUCGAGGACCCAGAGUUCGAGAAGGUGGUCAGCGUUGUCGCCAAGGAGCGUGGGCUGCAGGCCGACCCGCAGUUCAUCAUCAAGACGGUCAGCAUGAUUGGGAUUCUGGAAGUGCGCCACUGCAUGUUUAUCAUCGGCCCGACCGGUUGUGGAAAGACAGAAGUGUGGAAAACGCUCAUGGAAGCCCAGAAGAAAAUCGGCAAAGACGGCAUGUGGGAGCAGGCCAACCCCAAGGGUGUCACGUCUGAUGAGCUAUAUGGCACAAUGUCUAAGACGAAGGAGUGGAAGGAUGGCCUCAUCGCAGUCAUCAUGCGGAACAUGAGUAAAGAGGUAAACGGUUACAAGCCUUCCCAUGUCAACAAAUGGGUCAUUUUGGAUGGUGAUAUCGAUGCCACAUGGAUCGAGUCCAUGAACACGGUCAUGGACGACAACAAGGUCUUGACUUUGGUUAGCAACGAGCGCAUCCCGUUCACGCCCUCAAUGCGGAUGAUCCUUGAGAUUCAGGACAUGAAGCAUGCCAGUCCGGCUACCGUCUCACGCGGCGGGGUCCUUUUCAUCAACGAGACCGACAUCGGCUGGAAGCCAUACAUGGAGAGCUGGCGCGAGAGAAUGGACCAGAUUCCCCAGAGUGCUUUCUACCUGUUGUUUGCGAAUUAUUUCGAGGCCAACAUCGAGUCCAUUCGCAAGCAGUUCGCUUUUACUUGCCCGAUGAUGGAUAUGGGUUUCGUGCAGUCCCUCACGAUGUUCGUGGACGCUGCGCUGGAGAGCGUGGAGAAUUCGAAAGAAGUGGCAGACGCAUUCAAGGCGAUGGCCCAGGAGGAGCAGAAGUUGUGCUACGAUGCCAUCUUCGCUUACGCAAUGAUGUGGACAGUCGGUGGCUGCGUCGCUGACGACAAGCAGGUCAAUUACCGCAAGGUCUUCAAUGCUUACAUGCGCAGCAUCUGCAAAGGGAUCAAGUUCCCCGACGGCGGCGAGUGCUUCGACUACAGGUUUGAGCCCAAAUUGAAGGAAUGGGUUUCCUGGCAGGAGUACGUGAUUGAGUACAACCCUGUGGCCGAGAAAAUGUACCAGAACAUUGUAAUCAGCAAUAUGGAGCUGGAACAGAGGAAGUACAUCCUCGACCUCCACAUCAAGCAGCAGAAGCCAGCACUGUUCGUCGGCGUCGCCGGCACUGCCAAGACCACGAUAGUGAAGGACUACCUCGCCGACCUCAAGGCGAAGACGGACAACUACGUGAGCAUGGCCAUUAACAACAACAACUACACGACAUCGUUCGCCCUCCAGGCCAUCAUCAUGAGCGCCCUGGACAAGCGGUCGGGUCGCACCUUCGGGCCGCCAGGCAAUAAGAAGUGCGUCUUCUUCAUUGACGAUCUCAACAUGCCAUAUGUGGACCAGUACGACACGCAGUCUGCCAUCAUGCUCGCGACGCAAAUGCUUGCCUACAAGCAGGUGUACGACAGGGUUGGCGCUAGGCGCGACGACGUCAGGGGCAAGUCGACGUGCCCCAUCGACAUCGUCACCAGAUGGUGUGAUUUGAGCGGGUACUCGUUCAGGAUUGGAUCGGCGCGGCGGCCGCUGUCGCUGUCGCCAGCGGAGUCUCCUGGCUCGGCGGCGGAGCCGGCACCCUGCGUUGGCGAGGCCUUGCCCACGGGCGUCAGAUUUGUCGCCAGGAACUUCCACGGCCGCGCGCGACCACCCCAGCUUGGCGAUCCGAGCGAGGGCAAUGGUUGUGGCUCCAAAUUGCUCGCGGAGUUCAGUGAAGAUGCUCCAGUUCGCUUCGAGACUUGUGACGCUACCACUAGCGAGGCGGGCUACUUGCGGGCCUUUCAUGUUCCGUCCGCGGAGCAAUGGCCCACAGGGUCGGCGGACUUGGUAGACAUGCUCUUCUGCGCAUGCAUGAACCCGAAGGCCGGUUCCUUCAUGGUCAACGCCCGCCUCCAGCGCCGCUUCACUGUGCUGACCACCUACAUGCCCACCUCUUCUGUUAUCAGCGGCAUCUACGCAACAAUUCUGGAGAAGCAUCUGGCCGGAUUCAACCCAGGGGUGCAGAGGCUGUGUGAACCCAUCGUCCAGGCCACCAUUGAUGUGUUGAUUGGCCCCGCGGGUAUCUUGAACAAUCCGAGUUUUUUGCCAUCGGCUUCCAAGUUUCACUACCAAUUCAACUUGAAGGACGUGGCCAACAUCUUCCAGGGAUUGCUGAACACCUCUGCUGGCAUCUACAAGGGCCCUGUCCAGUUUUUACGGGUGUGGCUGCACGAGUGUUAUCGCGUCUUCGGCGACAGGCUGAUCAACGCGGCCGACGCAGCGGAGUUGCAGCAGAUCCUAGACAAGGUCGCAACGAAGGCGUUCACCAGCGUCUCCAAAGAGGAGCUCUUCUCGCAGCCGCUGAUCUUCACCUCCUUCAUGACCCAGGCGGGGGGGAACGAGCGCAUGUACGUGACGGUGAAGGACACAGCGUCGCUCAAGAAGGUCGUGGAGGAGAAGCUGAACGAGUACAACGAGACAUAUGCGGCCAUGAACCUAGUGCUGUUCGGCGAUGCCCUCGGACACGUCUGCCGCAUCUGCCGCAUCACCGACAACCCGUGUGGCAACGCGCUGCUCGUCGGCGUGGGCGGCUCGGGAAAGCAGUCACUGGCCAGGCUGGCGAGCUUCCUCAAUGGCCAGGACAUCUUGCGGAUCUUGGUCAACCAGAGCUAUGGAACGGGGGACCUCAAGGCGGACCUGCAGGAGUUCUACAAGAAAGCGGCAGUAAAACCUGGUACCCCUCAUGCGUUCUUGAUGACCGAUGGUCAGAUCGCGGACGAGCGCUUCCUCGUGUUCAUUAACGACAUGCUCUCAAGCGGCAACAUCCCAGAUCUCUUCGCCCGCGAGGAGUACGACGCCAUCUUCGGCUCGGUCCGCAACCUGGCGAAGGCGCAGGGGUAUAGCGACGACCGCGAGGGCCUCUUCGCUUUCUUCAUCGACAAGGUGCGCAAGAACCUGCAUUUUAUCCUCUGCCAUUCUCCGGUCGGCGACACAUUCCGGAUACGCGGUAGGAAGUUCCCUGCGCUGAUAAGUUGCACAGUGGUUGACGAAUUCAUGCCGUGGCCCCGCGACGCUUUGGAGGGAGUCGCCCAACGCUUCUUGGUUGAGCUCUACCAGGAGGGCAACGUUCGAGACGAGGCGAUGGUGGAUGGACUCGCGGGGGGCAUGGCGGAGACACAUUUGUCGAUCGACCAGGCCAACAAGGAACUCCUGCAAACGGAGCGCCGCUUCAACUACACGACGCCGAAGUCGUUCCUGGAGUUGGUGAGUUUCUACAUCAGAAUGCUCACCAACAAACAGCGAACCGUGAACAACGACGUUGAGCGACUGGAGCGCGGACUGAUGAUCAUGGAGCAGGUACAGGCCAAGGUGCAGGGCCUCAAGGAGGACCUGAAGAUCACCAUGGUGCAGGUGGAUGAGAAGAAGAAGGCCACCGCCAUCCUUAUCGAGCAGGUUACUGAAGCCUCCACUCUGGCUGCGCACGAGAAGGAGAUCGCAGACUCCGAGGAGGCGAAGACCUCGGCGCUUGCCGCAGAGGCGGCCGCUUUGCAGGCCGAGGCGGACGGCGAGCUGACCGAGGCGAUGCCAGCGAUGGAGGCAGCGAAGGAGGCAGUGAACUGCUUGGACAAGAAUUCCAUAGGUGAGCUCAAGGGUUUCGGCAGACCGCCUCCCGAGUGUGUGGACGUGUGUGCCGCGUGCGCGUUCCUCCUGAAGAACGAGAAGAAGAAGAUCGAGUGGAAGACGGCGCAGAAGAUGAUGGCGAACCCGAACGCCUUCAUUGACGAGGUGAGGGACUUCAACGCCAACGUCAUCCCAGAGCAGACACUCAAGAACACGGAUGAACUCCUCGCGCUGCCUUAUUUCAAUUACGAAACGAUGAAGACCAAGAGCGUCGCAGCAGCGAACUUGGCGAAUUGGGUCAUCAACUGCGUGAAGUACCACAAGAUCUACGUGAAGGUUGCCCCGUUGAUGGAGAAGGUCCAGACCUCCACCGAGACCAAGGUACAGGCGGAGGCCGACCUCGCGGUCGUCAAGCAGCGCGUGGCAGAGAUCGAGGCGGACUGCGCGAAGCUCGACGAGAAGCUCCAGGGCGCCAUCUCGGAGAAGGAGCGGGUGGAGGCGCAGGCCGCCCGGUGCCUCGAGAAGCUGGAGCUCGCGGAGCGGCUGGUCAACGGCCUCGCGGACGAGUACCAGCGCUGGACGGAGACCGUCAAGGACCUGAAGGAGCUCGGGGUCAAGCUCAUAGGGAACUGCCUCCUGGCGUCCGCCUUCGUGGGCUACAUCUCGCCCUUCUCCAUGGCCAUCCGCAGCCACCUGUGGAGGGAGCACUGGACCAAGGACAUCCUGGGCCGUGGGAUCCCGAUGACGGACUCGAUCGACCCCAUGAAAAUCCUCGCGACGGAGGCCGACGUCGCCGGCUGGUCGAACGAGGGCCUGCCCUCCGACCGCAUCUCCAUCGAGAACGCCGCGGUGGUCACGAGCUGCUCGAGGUGGCCGCUGAUGAUCGACCCUCAGCUGCAGGGGGUGAAGUGGAUCAAGCAGCGCAUCGGGGAGGACCUCACCAUCCUGCAGUUCACCAUGAACAACUGGCUGCAGAAGGUGAUCUUCAGCAUCCAGAUGGGGGGCCAGCUGCUCCUGGAGGCGGUGGGGGCCGAGAUCGACGCCAUCCUGGAGCCGGUGCUGUCCCGGGCGGUGGUCCGGCGCGGGCGCUCCGCCAUGAUCAUCAAGAUCGGCGGGGAAGUGGACUACGACCCGAAGUUCCAGUUGUACCUGCAGUCCAAGCUCCCCAACCCCCACUACAGGCCGGAGAUCGCGGCCCAGUGCACCAUCAUCAAUUUUAUUGUCACUCCUGACGGCCUGGAAGAUCAGAUCCUGGCAAUGGUCGUCAACGUCGAGAAGCCGGAGCUGGAGCAGCAGAAGCAGGCGCUGGUGCGCAGGCAGAACGAGUUCAAGGUCACCCUUGCGCAGCUGGAGGACGACCUCCUGUCGCAACUGUCCGCGGCCGACCCAGCCACCAUCCUCGACAAUAUCCACCUGAUCGAGGGGCUGGAGAAGACGAAGCAGACCUCGAAGGAGAUAGCCGUCCAGGUGCGCCAGGCCCAGGUGACGGAGGGGGAGAUCAACGCCUCGCGGGAGCUGUACCGGCCUGUGGCCGCCGAGGGGUCCAUGCUGUUCUUCCUCAUCAUCCAGCUUUGCUUCAUCGAGCACAUGUACCAGUACUCGCUGGAUUCGUUCGUGACGUUCCUGUACAAGGCCAUCGACCGCACCCAGGCUUGUGAGGACGUGUCUGAGCGCGUAGGGAAGCUCAUCGCCUCCAUCCGAAUGGUAAUCUUCCGUUGGGUGAAUCGUGGUCUGUUCGAGGAGCACAAGCUGAUUUUCUGUGCAAUGCUCACAUUCAAGCUUUUCCAGCUAGGGCAUCUAGCAGAAAAGUGCAAUUCCGCUUUGAUGAACUACCUGAUACGUGCUCCUGGUGCGAUCGGCGUGGAAAAUCCAUUGGCGGACUGGCUUCCGAGCAAAAACUGGGGCAUGGUGCUGAAGAUGUCGGAGCUGGAAGGCUUCGAGAAUUUCUCCACGAACAUGGAGAAGGACGCACCCACUCGCUUCCGGGAGUGGUUCAACGAGCACAGCCCGGAGGAAGCGAAGCUCCCCUUGGACUGGAAGAAGUUGGACGCUCACCCGUUCCAGAAGCUGCUGGUUCUGCGGGCCCUCCGUCCCGAUAGGCUUACGAUCGCGCUCGGCGGCUGGAUCCGAAACGCGCUCCCCAACGGUCGCGACUACAUGGACUGCGACGGCUCGUCCUCCUUCCAGCAGAUCCUCACGUCUUCCUUCGAGGAUUCGACGAGCGCCACCCCGAUCUUCUUCAUUCUCUCGCCUGGCGCCGACCCUGUGAAGGAGGUGGAGGCGAUGGGUCGCGCGCAGAUCAAACUGCAGCUCGGAGUGAAUUACCACAACGUCGCCAUGGGACAGGGGCAGGACGUAGUGGCGAUGGCCAAGAUGGACAUCGGGCAUCGGGAUGGCCACUGGGUGAUGCUCCAGAACGUCCAUUUGAUGCCGAAGUGGUGCGUAGAGUUGGAGAAGAAGCUUGACGCUUUCGCCAUCGAGAACAGCCAUCCAAGCUUCCGCGUCAUCUUGUCCGCUGACCCUUCGAAAGGCAUCCCCAUCGGGAUCCUCGAACGAUCGAUCAAGCUGACCAACGAGCCGCCGCAGGGGAUGCUCGCAAACCUUAGGCGGUCCUUUGCCCUGUUCAGCCGGGAGGACUUCGAGGACAAGGACCAGAAGGUACGGUCCAUCUUCUUCGCGCUCGUGCAUUUCCACUCGUUGAUGCUCGAGCGCAAGAAGUUCGGACCAAUGGGCUACAACAUGAAGUACCCGUUCUCCUCCGGCGACCUGCGCGAUUCCGCCCAGGUGCUCUACAAUUACCUGGAGGGCUCCUCCGCGGUGAAGCUCCCUUGGGACGACCUCCGGUACAUCUUCGGGGAGAUCAUGUACGGUGGUCACAUCGUCGACGAUUGGGACCGCAGGAUGUGCCAGAAGUACCUGCUGUACUUCAUGCGCGACGAGCUGCUCGACGAGAUCGACAUGAUCCCGUAUGCGGAGGGCCGGCUGUCGUGGAUGUCCCCUCAGGCGGGUCCGCACGACAAGUACUUGGAGCACAUCGAGACCAUGCCGACCGAGUCGCCGCUCUUCUUCGGCAUGCACCCGAAUGCCGAGAUCAACUUCCGCACGGCCCAGUGCGACAAGACCUUCGACAUGCUCCUCACCCUGGGCCCCGGCAGCGGCGGCGACGGGGACGAGGACCCGAGCCAGAGCCCGAUGGCCCUCGCCGAGGCGACCUGCGGGGAGAUCCUGGAGGAGGUGCUGGAGAAGAAGUUCGCCACCGACGACAUCAGCAGCUCGAUGACUGAGGAGGAGAAGGGGCCCUACCAGUACGUGUUCCUCCAGGAGUGCGACUACAUGAACGGCCUCGUGCACGAGAUGGUCCGCGGCCUCCAGGAGCUGCAGCUCGGCUUCAAGGGCGAGCUGACCAUGAGCGAGCAAAUGGAGGAGCUCGCAGACGCCCUGUGGAAGGAGAAGCUCCCGACGUGGUGGGUGAAGCUCGGUUUUCCGUCGACGCGGCCGCUCAAGUCUUGGCGGGUCAACCUGCAGGACAGGUGCGUCCAGCUCGACGACUGGGUCAACGAGCCGCUGACCAUCCCGAAGGUGGUGGACCUGUCCCGGCUCUUCAACCCGCAGAGUUUCCUGACGGCGAUCAAACAGAUUUGUUGCCAGCAGCAGGGCCUCGAGCUGGACCGCCUCCAGGUGUUUACAGAGGUUCAGAAGAAGGAAGCCAAGGACGUGGAGGCCCACUCGAGGGAGGGAGCCUUCGUGACAGGCAUGUUCCUCGAAGGCGCACGCUGGGACACCACGUCGAUGUCCCUCGAAGACUCCAAGCCAAAAGAGAUGUUCACCAAGAUGCCCGUGAUCAAUUGCAAAGCGGCCAUGGCGCAGGACAAGAGCGACAAGAACACGUACAUCUGCCCCACGUAUUGCGUCCCCACUCGGCGGCCUUACUUUGUCUUCUCCGCGCAGCUACGCACGAAGACGUCGCACCCAGACAAGUGGACGCUCGCGGGCGUUGCGAUGAUCCUCGACAUCGGCGGCGUGUGA